GCAUUGCAUCGCAUUGGGGUUAACUGUGAUUCUGUCGUGCACCGCUGCCAAGGAGGAAGAGAAGAUCUUAUAAUGUAUCGUUUCUGAAAAACAUGCAAAGAUAAUUAAUGAUGAUUGAAAGUAAAUUAUUAUAAUGCAAUUUUACCCAUGUUGGACUAAGAUUAAUCUUUUCCUCCAUUAUGCUGGUUAUGCAAUUGUUUAGUUCAAUUAGAAAUUAUUUAACCUCAAUAAAUAUAUUUAUCAGUGGUCAACAAAUCUUGGAUAUAUUUCUCAUAAAGGCAUAAAUACAAAAUGGUGAUAGUUUAGUAAUGUGCCUUUGGUAUUCCAACGUUACUAUGACGGAAUCAUCUUGACAUUUUAAAGAAAAAUACCUAAUAAAAAUAUAAAUUUUUCAAAGGUGUGGCUAUAUAUAUAUAAAAAUGGAUAGUUCAGAGUAUGAAAUGGUCAGAAACAUGACUCUUCUCUUCUUCUUUGAACGACUGAUGGACAAGGGUGGUCCACGUACAUUGCAUGAUCUAAGCUGCCAGUUUGGAGCAAAAGGUUUCACCAAGGAAAUGCGUCAGAUAGCAGGAGGAUCGCAAAGUGGCCUUAAGAAAUUUCUAGCACAAUAUCCGGCACUAUUUUUGAUUAACGGCGAUUACGUGUCCGUUAAUACAUUUCAACCGGUUGUAGAGGAAGAAAGCGGAAAUAAAACUGGUAAACGUGAUUAUGCUCUCGAGGCCGUAGACUACUUUACGAAUAAGUUAUUGCAAUAUGGAGUGGGCACCGAGGUCCCUAUCAAAAGUCUCUUGGGUCAUCGAUCGCAAGCCUCGCCAGAAGUUAGGCAUAUAUCUGGUCAACACUACAAGGAAUUCCGCGAUUUUCUUUUGAAGUAUCCCGAUGCGUUUAUAAUCAGCGAAGAUAAUGUAAUAUUGAAGCAAUAUGAAGGCAUGAAACCAGAACCUUUUCAUGAAUUAGAACCAGAUAUCCCAAUAGAUCCUGAUGUUACAGCCAAGCUGUUAGAUUUUUUCUGUGUAUGCAUUGAACGGAAAGGCCCAAUUGUUAUAGAUCAACUAUUUAAUAUGGUCAAUGAAAAAUUCUCGCACGAAAAUUGGACAAGUAUAUUUAACACACCACAGGAUUUAUCUACUUUUAUAAAAAUGUUCCCGGAUGCUUUUCAUGUACAAACUAAUUUAGUGACAUUGAUAGGCCGACCGAAAUCUUUUAUGACAGAGCCUGUGGCUGCAAAAACAAAAGUUACAAGUGGCAACCAGCGUAACAGUGUGAUUCAUACGAAUAAUGCAGUACCAGUCGUCUCACCGAGCAAGAUUCAAUUCUCUCAACCAUCUUUGAAUCAAUCAGAGAAUGUCUGUAAUAAUGUGACACUUCAAUCUAAUUCGGUGCAAAACACAUGCACAUCACCUGUCGAGAGCAAUAAUAAUAAUUCACCGCCUGUUAGUUUGCAACAGCAGAGUCUCAAGCAGAGAUUCAAUACAAUCGUUAUGAGAACUCUAGCAGAUAAUACAGAGCGGGAUCGCAGUUUACAAACCGCUCAGAUGGGCGAUGCAUGGAAACUGAAAGUAUUACAACAGACUAGAGUGAUAGCAACAACGCGGGAAAGUCUUCAAGUUAUAGAAGAUAUAAUAAAUCCUCGAAAGCCUCCUCCCGAUGGUAAAGUGGUCGUGUCUUUUGAUUGUGAGGGCAUAAAUCUUGGUGUCAAGGGACAAUUGACACUUGUACAAAUUGGUACAAUGAGUGGUCAAGCAUAUAUGUUCGAUUUAUUCACAUGUCCGAGACUCGUUCAAGAUGGAGGUCUCCAGAAAUUGUUAGAACAUCCUCAUGUUAUUAAGGUGAUUCAUGAUUGUAGAAAUGAUAGUGUCAAUUUAUACAAUCAGUUUACGAUUACAUUAAUGAAUGUUUUUGAUACACAGGCGGCACAUGCAGUGCUUCAGUUCCAAGAAACAGGAAAGCCUGUGUAUAAAGUCAAAAAUGUUAAUUUGAACACCUUGUGCGAUCAUUAUGGUGCUCCAUGUAAUCCGCUUAAAGAACAAUUGAAAAAUAUUUAUCGUAAAGAUCAACGCUAUUGGUCUCGGCGGCCCAUGACGCGAGACAUGUUAAUUUAUGCAAGCAGUGAUGUUUUGAGCCUUGUACCUCAAGUUUAUAAUGCUAUGUCUAGACUUAUAAAGCCGGAAGUACAAGGCCUUUUUGCAGAAUUAUGCGAAGAACAAAUUCAAAUGCAUAUAAGACCAGCAGAUGUAAAAGCGCGUAAGAGACAACGAAAAAUGGAGACUGAGAUGGUAGAUCUGAAAAAAAGAAUGGAAGAAGCAACGAGUAAAAAUAUCGUAUUAAGUAACCGCGAAAUUCGACUUCUCCGUUGGAUGGAUCUUACCGAGGAUGAAAAGGAAAAACUUAAAGCAAAUCAUAAAGUUGCUAGAAAACUGGAAAAAUUAGAGAAUAUGGGCCAGGAUAAAGGUGACAGUAGCGAUGAUGAUGAUGAGGAUAAGACAGAUGAUCCUGAAUAUCAGAGUUUGGAAAGUUACACAUCGGAAAAUUCUCAUUCUGGUGGUAUAUUGUCUCCGCGAAAUGCUGACACUCCAAGCUUAACCGAAUCGAUGCAAAUGGUGGAUGAAAUACUCUCAGACGGGCGAAUGGAUAAGCUGGAAAAGAUAGAAAAAUUGGAAGCUAUAUUAUCAGCUGUUACUAGCUGUGCAACUGAUCAGCUUUCUGCCAACAGUGCUGAUGCAUCACCUACCAAAUGCGUCUGCUUGUGUCAAAGUGAUCGCCAAGUCGCUAGAAGUAGUGUGGCUUGUCAAACACUUAGUACAGGUGAUAUAGUAAUUACUAGAAUUUUUGUCAGCGAGGAGGAAAAAGAGAGAGUAAGAUUACAGAAUUCGCCAAAAAAAUAGAUAUUACAGCUGCUGUGAAAGUAGUAGAAAAGUUGCCAUUUAUAGGUUUUUUAUAAAAGAGAAUGAAUGCAUAAGAAAAAAGUAGUUAAAAUUUAUCUAUUUUAUGUAAUAUAAUAAGAUUCAUAUAGAGCAGAACUAGCGAAAUUUACAAAACAUGCUUUCUGGCAUCUCUGCUCCCUUAAAAAGUGUCUUAAACGAAAUAAGCCUUGCUAUAUAUGCCUUUUCAAAUCUGAUGAUAGAAUAAUCAGAUUUUUGCAAAAAGGUUAUUAAUUUUAUACGAGGAUAUUAUUUUUAUCUGCCUAAAGAUUAUCUUUCUUUUACAAGCAUUUAAGAAAGACCGAAUCAUAUUUAAUGACAAAAUAUAAGUAUAGACAAGGCUUUUAAUAGCUGCACAUGUAAUUUUUGACAAAUUACAAAUUGUAGCGUUUUAUAUUCAAUUCAAAAUUAAAUGAUUAGAAGACGAUUAAAAAAUUGCUGUUUCUUUUUAACCAAAUUGUAUAUACAUUUUAACAGAAGAAUUGUUAUACCAUUUGUAUAAGCGUGAUUAUUAAUGAUAGCAUUGCGAGAAAUUAACAGAAGAAAUGCAUAUCAUGCUUAAAAAUUUUUUUUAUGUGAAGUACUGCAUUAAAAUCGCUGAUUUCUGAGAGUUUUACAUGGCCUACUUUGUGUGAACCAUCGGCAAUAAUAGGGCAUAACAGUGAUUUAUUUAAGCAAAUUUUUCUCUGCAGAAUUUUAAUUUGUGCACAGGAGAUAAAUUUAUGUAGAUUCUCAUAAAUUUAUGUAGAUGUCUCUUCUUCCUUACAUUACAGAUGCAACUUAUUUUCGUAUAUAUAUAUAACUAUAUAUACAAGUGCCAAUUUAAGAAUAGAAUAUGUACAGUAAAUUAACAAAUAGAUACAUUUUAUAUUU